UGGAGACUCGUACUCGCCUGUUGAGCGUCGGAUCAGCGCUGCAGCUGAACAUCUGUGCGCAUUUUCAUCCAAGAAUUGCGCGCUUCAGAAAGACUAUUACUUUUUGUUGGUUUUGUGAGACAAACAGUGAAGAGUUAACAUUUCUUAUUUUGUUAAACCUAAGAUUAACAGUAUGAGGUGCAGCCAUGGCAGGCAAGGGUAAGGCAGCAGCGAGGACGCUGGAGGAUUUGACGCUCGAUUCUGGUUAUGGUGGUGCGGCGGAUUCUUUCCGCUCGUCCAGCGUGUCACUCUGCUGCUCUGACACGCACCCGGCGUUGGCACAUGGGGGAAACUGCUGGCAUCUGACCGAGUCCAUGCACAGCAGGCACAACAGUCUGGACACGGUGAACACCGUGCUGGCGGAGGACACCGAGAUCCUCGAGUGCUCGGGCCAGUGCGCCAAGCUGCCCGAGCUGGAGGAGGUACCAUGGAGCGUCGCGGAGGUGGAAGGCGCGCUGCGGAAGGACGCUGAAAUACCCACGGCUGGGGUGCCACGCGAGAUCGUGGCCAAACUAUCAGCCUUACUGAGUCGUGCGCUUGUCCGGAUCGCCCGGGAGGCACAGAGACUCAGUCUGCGCUAUGCCAAGUGCACUAAACAAGAAGUCCAGAGCGCCAUCAAGAUCGUGCUGUCAUGGACCAUCUCGGCCAACUGCGUGUCCGCUGCGCUCGGUGCGCUCUCGUUGUACAACAUGAACACUGGCGAUCGUUUCAGCCGGGGAAAAUCUGCCCGUUGUGGGCUUAUCUUUUCGGUCGGGAAGUUUUUCAGGUGGAUGGUGGAUAGUCGGGUGGCUUUGAGGAUCCACGAGCAUGCCGCGAUCUACCUGUCCGCUUGCAUGGAGAGUCUGUUUCGCCAGGUAUACGGGCGCGUACAAAGAAGCGCGCUGGUCGAGAAGGACAAUGGACUUCCCAAAAUCACAGUGGAUUCUCUGGAACAAGCGAUCAACAAUGAUUCAGAGCUGUGGGGUCUGCUGCAACCCUUACAGCAUCUGAUCUGUGGGAAAAACGCCAGCGGUGUGCUGAGUCUGCCGGACAGCCUGAAUCUGCACCGUGAUCAGCAAAGAGCAGCCAAGAGUGAAGAAGGUCACGUCUUCACCCAGGCUGAACUCCGCACUAUUGAGCAGUCUCUUCUGGCUACUCGAGUGGGAAGUAUUGCUGAGCUCAGUGAUCUGGUGUCACGUGCCAUGCACCAUCUACAGCCCCACAUCAAGAUCCCCGAUAAUGACACACCAGUGCACCAGAAAUGCAGUGAAAACAUACACUGGGAACCAGAGGCUCUCUACACUCUCUGCUACUUCAUGCACUGUCCACAGAUAGAGUGGGAGAACCCCAACGUGGAGCCAUCAAAGGUCACCCUGCACACAGAAAGGCCGUUCAUCGUGCUGCCUCCGUUAAUGGAGUGGAUCCGGGUGGCUGUAGCACAUACUGAACACCGGUGCAGUGUCUCUGUAGAUAGUGAUGAUGUACGACAGACUGCCAGACUGCUUUUACCUGGAGUGGAUUGUGAACCACGGCAGCUAAAAGCAGAUGAUUGCUUCUGUGCCACUCGAAAGCUGGACGCAAAUUCCACAGAGGCAAAGUUUCUGCAGGACCUGGGCUUUCGUAUGCUCAACUGUGGCCGAACUGACCUUGUCAAGCAAGCGGUCAAUCUGCUGGGACCUGAUGGCAUAAACAGCAUGAGCGAGCAGGGGAUGACUCCACUCAUGUACGCCUGUGUUCGUGGUGAUGAGGCCAUGGUACAGAUGCUGCUGGACGCUGGAGCUGAUAUCAAUAGUGAGGUGCCCAGCUCAGUACACAGAUACCCCUCAAUUUAUCCAGACACCAGGCAGGCGACUUCACUCACUUUCGCCGUGUUGCACGGACACGUCCCUGUCGUGCAGCUGCUACUGGAUGCUCGAGCCAACGUGGAGGGGGCACUGCAGGAUGGUGCUGAGAACUAUGCUGAAACGCCACUCCAGCUUGCCUCUGCCGCAGGCAAUUUUGAGCUGGUCAGCCUGCUUUUGGAGAGAGGUGCAGACCCUUUGAUUGGCACCACAUAUCGGAAUGGCAUCACUUCAGCUCCUUUAGGAGAUAUGAACUCAUACAGCCUAGCUGCAUCACAUGGACACAGAAAUGUUUUCCGGAAGCUUCUGUCCCAGGUCGAGAAGGACAAGGCUGAUAUGAUGUCUCUGGAGGAGAUUCUGGCUGAGGAAUCGGAAGCUGGCAGCGAGAAACGAACGUGUCACUCAGAAGGCACACUGCGCACAGGCAAGGCCAAACUGAGGGCCCUUCAAGAGGCCAUGUACCACAGCGCCGAACAUGGCCAUGUGGACAUUACCAUAGACAUCCGCAGUCUGGGUGUACCGUGGACUCUCCACACAUGGCUGGAGUCUCUAAAGACGUGCUUUCUGCAGCAGAGACGGCCACUGAUCCAGGGUUUGCUUAAAGACUUUAGUUGCAUUCAGGAAGAUGAAUACACUGAAGAACUCAUCACGCAUGGUUUGCCACUCAUGUUUCAGAUCCUCCGAGCCAACAAGAAUGAAGUCAUCAGCCAGCAGCUGUCUGUGAUCUUUACACAAUGCUAUGGGCCUUUCCCAAUCCCCAAGCUGACAGAGAUCAAAAAGAAACAGACCUCCCGACUGGAUCCACACUUUCUGAAUAAUAAAGAGAUGUCUGACGUAACGUUCCUGGUGGAGGGAAAACCGUUUUAUGCUCACAAGGUGUUGCUCUUUACUGCAUCUGCCAGAUUUAAGUCUCUGCUUUCAAACAGACCAGCUGCUGAGAACACAUGCAUUGAAAUUAGCCAUGUGAAGUACAACAUUUUUCAGUUGGUGAUGCAGUAUCUGUACUGUGGUGGGACUGAGUCACUGCAUAUCAGAAACACUGAAGUCAUGGAGCUCCUCUCUGCAGCCAGGUUUUUUCAGCUCGAGGCCCUCCAGCAUCAUUGUGAGAUUAUCUGCUCUAAGAACAUCACCAUAGAGACGUGUGUUGACAUUUACAAACAUGCAAAGUUCUUGUGUGCCACCGAGCUGGCAGCUUUCAUCGAGGGCUACUUCCUGAAGAACAUGGUGCUCCUAAUCGAGCUGGAAAACUUUAAGCAGCUCUUGUAUGAGGUUCCUCCCGAGAGCCCUGGCCCCGCCUAUGAUGUCCUUCAUGACCUAGAGGGAACCCUGGCUACUCGCAUCCACUCCAUCCACCUGUCCUCCUCCAAAGGCUCUGUUGUUUGAUAACCUGAUUCCAUGCAGGAGUUUACCGUCUCUGGAUUACUGUGUGAUUGUGGAUGAACUGUCACAUCUGAUUUUGUAAGCAUUCAGAGAUUUAAACUCCGGGGUUUUGUAUACCAGGAGGCAUUACUUUAUGUCUGUUUUUGUUUUCACAACUGAUUAAUAAUUGCAAAAGAU